AUGAGCUGAUCGCUACGCGUGGACAUAACGAGUGGCGGUUAUCAACAGCUUUAUCGCGAUUAUGGUAAAGUUUAAAAUGAAAGAUCAGCCCCUGGUGACGCUGAUUUAUUAUCGAGAGGUGCAGGCACGCUAAUCACACACGCUCAUUUGUCCUGCCGAAAUGUCAAGAGCCGAGAGCAGAAACAUGGAGGGGGAGAGGAAUAGUCAGCCCAGAUCGUGUAGGACAAACAGCGUGGCACUUCCGGCCAGCGAGAGCUUUCUGCCGUCAAGUGGAAAUAGACGACAUCCACCGUUACCACGGCGUCAUUCCGAGACCCCGGCGGUGACAGUCACCAGGACUCCGCCACCGAUACCAGCAAGAAAACUGCACGAGCGUCCAAUUUUUAUAACUCCAAAUGGAAGACCGGACGACCGCAAGAACAGUCUCGAUGGUCUCAUUAAGCCCGACUCGAUCGAAAGUACAGCAUGGAGACGCGGCAGUGGUGAUGGUGAUGGCAAACUCAUUGAUUUGGGGACAUUGAGACUACCGAACAAUUUUGAAUCUCUCUCGAAGCCGGAUGAAAGUGCUGAGCACCAAUACACCACUCGAAAGUUUGAUGACGGUGUCGAAAACUUUGAUGGCAGUCACGAGGGAGCCUUCAAGUCUAGCUUCGAGGAGCUUCAAAAGGCCGCUCGAGAUCUUGAGAAGAGGCUGCAUGAGGAAAUUGUCAGGAGUGUCGAUCACACCGGGGGAGAAUGCGGUAGUCAGAAGAGGGGGAGGGAUGUUUCCACGAAAAAUUCAAGACUCCAGCGUAGCAAGUUUGAAAGCGAUACUGAGGAUCGCCACGAGGCGGAGAAGAGAUCCAAGUUUGAGGCGUUGCAGGCAGCGUCGAGAAAUCUUGAGAAGCGUUUGCAGAGUGAGCAGCAGCCAACAAAAGCCAAGUACAAUGUGGAUAUGGAAAGGGCUAGAAAUAUUUUGCAGAAUAAUUUGAGAAAGGACAGAGGCGUUGAGAGACUGGAAAAACUUCCUAAAGCAACGCAGACUAAUCUACCGCCACCUUUGAGUGCCAUUUGCCAGAGUCCCGUGCAGAAUAAACCGGCCAGUGUCAGGCAGGACAGCAAUGUUUCAUCGGACAGCUUCAGUCAGACUAGUUCACCGAGUUAUACGAGCAAGACUAUGGAGGCACCACUCUUACCGCAUAAGCAUAUCAAUGGAAGAGUUCCAGGAAGAGCCUUGAUCCCCGAGUCUGAGAAUCCACCAGGCAGUCCAAUCACAAAGUCAAUGAGUACCCCAGCGAGCUUGCAGACAAUCGUGAGGUUUCACAGUGGCAGCAACAUGUCGUUACAUCACAGGAUAAUCAGAGACAUGAGACGACCGAGCAGUCACUACGUCACCAGAGGUACAAUAAAAUUCCGAAACGCUCAGGUUCUUCUGAAUGCCAUUGCCCUCCUAGCAAUUGCCGGUGGCUUCUUGGCUUAUUUCAAAUCCUAUCCCGAGGGAGGUGUGAGAUUUGAGAACAGAACCGUUGAGAGAACGGGUAUCGUAUCCUCAUCGCGGCCGCCAUCAGCACUGGCUGAGCCGAAAAAUCCAGCGCCGGGAAUAUGUUUACCAGUUAUCGUGACCUUUUGCCUCAACCACAAGGUGCCGUACAAUUUCACGGUGUUUCCGAAUUACAUGGGAAACUUUGGCCAGCGUGAUGCACAGCAUGAACUGGAGAAUUACGAGGCAGUUGUUGACGUCAGGUGUUACGAACUCGCUGCCUUGUUUCUGUGCAAUGUCUUCGUACCGAAAUGUGGAUCGCGCGGUCAAGUGGUUAGACCCUGCAGAAGUUUGUGUAAUGAAAUGACGAGGAGGUGUGGUUUCUUCCUCAAUGUAUUCGGCCUGAAGAUGCCUGACUAUCUCGACUGCGACUACUUCCCGGAAAACGUGAAUUCGGACGUUUGCGUGGGUCACCAUGAGGUGAAGGAAGCUGCAAAACGCGCUGAAAAACCAGUUUGCACCAGUGGGUUUCAAUGCGACGGCACCAGAUGCAUUCCGGUCGACUGGAGAUGCGACGGGCACGUGGAUUGCGCCGAUCAGACUGACGAGAUUGGCUGUGGUGAGUGCGCAUCACCAACGGUGCAGUACUCUGUCAACAGUAAGAGUAAGAAUCAGGGAAUAAGAGAUGUCAUUGCCAAGCCGGAGCUCCACUGUGGUGAACGGAGGUGCAUGUCGUCAGCUCAUGUUUGUGAUGGAGUGCUUGAUUGUCCUUGGGGCCAGGACGAGAGAAAUUGCUUGAGACUUAGCGAGAGGAACGGAGACUUUGGCAAGGGCCGCCUUCAGGUAUAUCACGCGGAAAAUCGAACCUUCAUUCCCGCCUGCAUCACCCAUUGGGAGUCCACAUCGGCUCAAGCGAUCUGCCGGCUUCUCGGUUACAAUAUCGUCAAUUCUUCGGCCUUCUCAAUGAAAAGCAACAAUAUGACAGUGAGUGAGCCGCAGAUAGACACAUCCCAACGCUGGAGACUUGCCCAAAAGGGCCAAGGCAAUCUUCUCAAGGACCUGCAGACCUGCACGGACCACAGUGACUAUCGAACAGUGGAGCUGGCCUGCUCCGAAUACGCUUGUGGCCGGCGUCGGAAUAAUUUCGGGAAUGCCAAGCGCCAGCUUCGGAUAGUCGGAGGAGUUGAGUCUAGCCCCGGUGAUUGGCCCUUUCUUGCGGCACUUCUGGGAGGACCUGAGGAGGUCUUCUACUGCGCUGGUGUUCUCAUUUCGGAUCAGUGGGUCCUCACGGCUGCACACUGUGUCGGAAAUUUCAGUCACUCAGAUCUGUCAGACUGGACAAUUCAACUUGGAAUAACAAGGAGAUACGCCCACACUUAUCUCGGAGAGAAGCGGAAAGUCAAGAGAGUUGUACCCCACCCCACUUACAACCUCGGAGUCGCACAUGAUAACGAUGUUGCACUCUUCCAACUUGAGGAGCGUGUCGAUUUUCAUGAUCAUCUGAGCCCAGUCUGUCUGCCGAAACCGGAGACGGAGCUGGCCCCGAAGACUGUUUGCACUGUGAUUGGCUGGGGCAAGAAGGAGGACACUGACUCGUCUCAGUACGAGCCAGCAGUCAACGAAGUUAAAGUACCGGUGCUGGAGAGGGAGCUUUGUAACGCUUGGCUGGAACACAAAGAGCUCAACGUCACGGAUGGAAUGAUCUGCGCCGGCUAUCCUGAGGGUAAAAAAGACGCCUGUCAGGGUGAUUCUGGUGGUCCACUACUGUGCCAAGACGAGAAUGAUAAGGAGCGUUGGUUUGUGGGUGGAAUCGUCAGCUGGGGAAUAAAGUGUGCACAUCCCAGAUUACCCGGUGUCUACGCUUACGUACCGAAGUACGUUCCCUGGAUUCUCGAGGAGAUGGCGAAGUAUUCAGAGAGGGAAAAAGGCUAACAUAGAAAGGUCGUCAAGAGGCUCGGCAAGAAGAGGCUGAAGGAUGACAGAAGAAGAUUUGAGAAGUGGAUGAUGGAUCUCAUCAACUGAAUUCACACGUCGAGCCACUUGAAGGUGAGAGGAAAACACUCUCCUAAAGCCCAUUCUUAUUGGGAUUUGACGUUGAUACUGCCGUCAUUUUGGAUUGUCAAUGCUUUUUGCAAAAUCCAGAUUCUUCUCAACGACAACAAUGAAUGAAAAAGAAACUUUACAACAUGACGAGGAAUUUUUUACUAAUGAAAAUAGAACAAGAAAGGAUUUUUCUUUUUGAAUUCUAUUAAUUCAUAUAUUUGAUACAAUUGGGCGAACGCGCUGUUUUGCGUCACGGCUCUGGAAUGACAAUGAAAUACUUGGAAACAUAGUAAGAUAUAUAAGAAAUACUAGGUUUAUCCGCGUACGUGGCGUAUUAAUUGCACUUAUAUAAAAUAUAUAGUAAAGUUCAGAUAUUAAAGAGAGGAACGAACAGCCGUGGCAUUAUUUUAUAUGGAUUUAAUUAACAAGAGAUUUAAAGCGAAUGAGAAUACAAAAUCACAUAAUUUUGGUAAUAUAUUAAAGAGGUGAAAAAUUAACGCAUGUCCCGCGUUCCGAUAUUUUCUACUUCAUAAAGGUCACAAAGUGACUUAUUUGUUUUCCGUUCCCAUGCAGUUGAAACGAUUCCCGGCAGAGUCGCGAGUACUUUAAUGACUUGGAGAAUUCAAUCGGAGACAAUAAUUUUUACGAGAUUGAUAAAAAGUAUUUUCACAUUUUUCGAAUCGUUUCUACUGUAUUGUCCGUAGAUUCUUUAUAAUACAGAGGAAAAUGUGUUGCGCAUGAUGCGUUAGAUUUAAGAGUAGAGUAGUUAUUUGUGUAACGAAGAAAUAUGAAUAAGAGAAUGCUGAAUAAUCGCUGCUGUAAAUCAAACUAUAAAUAUAUGGAUAGCUCUAAGCUUCGGGUAAGAAAGUGUCAUGUAAAUAUAAAAAGCAACGGCACCCUUAGCAAGCUUUACAUGGCGUAUAGGGCUUUAGAAGUACUGCAGUAUGCAUUAAACAAUAUAUCGAGAAAAGUGCGGUAAUUGUAUCUUAUCUCUUUGCUCACUCAGGCUUACAGCUCAGCUUUCAGCAUAGAAAUUGAAAUUAGAUUGAUGACAAUAUUACUCAAGUAGAGUAGAGACUAUUUUACCAUGUUGACUGAAUUCUAGGGAUAAUAUAUUACACCAGCACUUUUUUGACUCGCACUCGAAAGAUAUAUACUUUAUACUGAAAUAUUGUUUUGUGAUGAAUAGAAGCCUUACUUAUUGGCUUAGGCUUUUUCUAAGCGAUCGAGAAAAAUAUGGUAUUGUUGGUACGUAUUUCACGAACGUUUUUUAUUUUCAUGUGAUUCUCUGAUUUAUUUCUUUGCUAGUUGAAUUUUUUACCGGGGAACGGAGGUGUAUCUCAUUCUGGCAACGGCAGUCAUUUUUAUUGGACAAUAAUCCAGAAAACAGGACAAUAAUUGUCUUCCUUAGUAUCCAGACAACAAUUAGUUGUAAUAUUUGAGGGAUAAUUAAUAAUCACCGACAAUACUGUGUGAGGAGACAAUAAAUAAUUUUAGGAAAAUGUUCCACCAUGGACAAUAAUAGUAAUUUUAGGGACUAAGUAAAUGAAUAUUAAGUAAGAACAAGAUAAACUCAAUAACUGAUAGGAAUAACAUUAAGAGUAAUGAUAGAAGGAUGGUAAGUUAUGUAUAAGCUAUUAAUUUCCGUUAUUUUUCCAGGGAAUAGACCAUAAAUUGCAAAACAUUACAAUCAAAUCAUUGUUUAAGUAUCCGAUAUUGGUAUGGUAUGAAAAAUCCAGUAAAUUAGAGGUCAAUUCAAUCGAAUUUGAUUGAAUGAAAUCAUGUGAUAAGUGAUAUAAAUUGAAAUCUCGAAUAUAAUUAACUAUUGUAAGAAUGGUAUGUAUAAUUUCUGGCAGAUGUCAAUUUUGGUGCUUGUCAAUAACGAUGAAUACCGAUAAAUUUGAGGAAAUUUUCACUUGCUAGAUAUGUUGACAAUUAUUUGGUUGCAGAAGAAGUCAUAAGGUAAAGAAAAUUAGUGAAUAUUUAAAUUUCACGAAUGGAUAUUUUGUAGGAUUAACGAAGACAUGAACAUUAGUGAAUAAGCCUACGAUGUUACGGAAAAAUACUGAGAUAUAUUCAAUAUACGACACGAUGAAUAAAUGAGAACAAUAAUGUCGUAAGAACUACACUUGCCCUAGCAUUGCAAGCUGAAUCGGAUGGUCUACAAAAUUACAUUUGAUUCUAGACGACCCGAAUGACAUCAACCCUAGUCAAUACACUUGCGUCAAUUCAAAAUCAAACAUUCGAUGUCAAAUAUUGGAUAACGUUAGUAGUAAUUCGUUUUCUUGUUCAAAUUCUAUCAAACAGUUUCCUUGUUUUAAGUGUAAAAUAAUGUAGGCAAGAAUUUAUGUUUCACGUAAUUUAAUUUCGAUCCUUCAGUUUCGCUUAAGUAUACAAUGAAAUGCUGCGCACAAAGCAACUGUGUCGGUCAGGCACUUUGCACGAGAAAUUAUGAUGAACUAUUAAAAGUUGCAUUAAACUACUCCUGUCAAGUCAAUGUUGGUACCAUGCAAAUAAUAUCUUAACAUAGGUUACAAUAUGAAUAUUCAUAACCUAGGGAUAAAGCAAUAAAUUGCGAGUAAUUAACCGUCGAGUUGUGACAAAGUAGUUGACGGGAGCUACUAAAUACCUAGAAUUACAAAGAGAUUAACUGUUUAAAUGUAAUAUCAAGAGUCAGUGUUGUUCUCUUCUACAAUCGUUACUGAGCUUGAUGAGAGAGUUGGAGUUUGUACCUUUCCCUCGGCGUCAUGUUUCACCGCAAAUGAAUGGACCAAUUCCCCACAUUCAAUCAAUAAAAACUGUAUUGUCCAUUGAUUUCCGUGAAACAUUGACCCUACAACGAAACAUAUUGAAAUCAUUUUUUAGACACUCGGACACUCUCCAGAAACUCACGAAAACUAUCGUCAACUUCAUAGAAAGUAACAAACUAACACCUUUUGCAUGCUCGAUCUUGCAAAUGUUAAUAAAUAAGGGAUAAUAAUAAAAAAACAUGCCUGAGUGAACUUGGUACAGCUUUAGGAUCUAUUUAAGCUAUCAGACCGAUUUUGGUCGCUCGUCUGAGUGUACACAGAGUCAAACUAUUGGUUUUCAUAGAAAAUUUAUCGUUGUUAACACUUACUAGGACAUAACGGAAGAUUUACAUUUUGAGUUAAGUGUUGGUAACACAUGUGAAUGAGGCAUUGUAAUACUGUGGAGUUUAUAAAUGUGAUCGCUUGAGGUGCGGUACGCACAGAAUCCUAAUCGUACAAUCAAUGGUCGAUAAUAUUUGAAAUAAAUUAUUGAAACGUAAACACGAUGGUUCGCAUAUAGACUUAAAUAGACAAUAUGGUUAUUAGGCUACUGAAUGUGUGUAUAUAUAAAUAUAUGGAGAUAUUCUUCGUAUUAUUGGAAAGAUGACAAUGCGGAUAAUUAUAUUUGGAUCGUAUAUGAAGUAAGAGUAAUGUUUGUAUGUUGAAUAUGUUAUAACUUCCUACGUAGGGGGACUAUACUUCACAUGUUAUGUGUUGCUGUGAUGAACAUACACAGGCUUUAGAAGAUGUUGUAAUUUCACUAGAAGGUAGAUUAAUCGCUAAACUUGAGUGUGAUAAUAACAGGUGUUGCUGCCAAUCGCCUAGACGUGUACGCGUUUGUCUUCUACGUGGAAUUUCAUGUCUUCUCACUGUCGCGAGGGCAAUUAUGUCGUCCGAGAGUGAGAAUUCGGGAAUGGAAGGGUUCAUUGUAAUUUCAAAAUUACAUGGAAGACGUCUGACGGCUGUCAGAUAAUCGCUGUAUUGUAACUCUAGUGGCUAAUGUGAUGUUAACACUCUCUUGCCGGUCAAGAGCUGUAGAAUUUUAGAAAGUACCACUUAAGGAUUGAGAGUCUAGAUGAAAACGGUUUUGUUAGAAAUUUUGCGAACUCAAUUGGAGGUGUAUUUUUGCAGAUCUUCGGUAUACAAGUGACUAAUAAUAAUUCAGUGAACAGGUAGAUGAAACAGUAGAUUAAAGGUACAAAGACCAAGGGAUGAUGUUGUCGACAGGUAAAUGAAAUAACAGUGUUUGAGAGAUGUUGAUCCACAUAUCGAACGGUAACAAUGAAAAUCUGCAGAAAUAUAUUCAGAGGCUGUCUUAAAACGGGUGGAUUAUUGCGGAACAGAUUUAUAAGAUUCGUACAAAAAUCUAUAUUGAACGAGUGGUGUCAGCGGUGUAGGUAAUUUAUACAGAAAAAUUAAUUAUAUACGGAAACAAGAAAUAUGUAUCUCAAAAUGAGUACAUAAUAUAUAUUUAUGGAACAUGAGUGUUG